AUGUCUCAUCUUGAUCACACCCCUUCAACCCCUGGCAAAUUCAAGAUGGACAAAUCCGCUUACCCUUACCAUGGCGGCAGGUUGAGGUGGCACUCAUCUUUGGCAAAGCUCACAUUUUGGUCCUUUGUAUUCAUUGGCGUCAUCUUCAUCUUCUUCUAUCGAUCCCCUUCGUCUUCAUCCUCUUCCUCCGCCGCCGCCGCCACAUCGUCCUCCUCCAGUCGCUUCCAUUCUGAUCCGUCGCGUCGUUCCCUACGCACCUCUUCUUGGGGCGGACCCGCCUGGGAGAAGAAAGUUCGCACCUCUGCCCGCAUCCGUUCCCGCAAUGGCUUCUCCGUCCUCGUCACCGGCGCUGCCGGUUUCGUUGGGACCCACGUCUCGUCUGCCUUGAAGCGCCGCGGGGAUGGCGUUCUGGGGCUCGAUAAUUUCAACGAUUACUAUGAUCCAACUCUUAAGCGGGCUAGGCAAGCGCUUCUGGAGCGCGCUGGGGUGUUCAUCGUAGAAGGAGAUAUCAAUGACGCCGCAUUGCUGAAGAAGCUGUUCGAAGUUGUGCCAUUCACCCAUGUAAUGCACUUGGCCGCCCAGGCUGGGGUUAGGUACGCAAUGCAGAACCCUGGCUCUUAUGUCCACAGCAACAUUGCCGGAUUUGUUAGCUUGCUAGAGGUUUGCAAAGAGGCCACCCCGCAACCUGCCAUUGUGUGGGCAUCUUCUAGUUCUGUCUAUGGCCUUAAUACAAAAGUUCCCUUCUCUGAGAAAGAUAGAACUGACCAACCUGCAAGCUUGUAUGCUGCUACCAAAAAGGCUGGGGAGGAAAUUGCUCAUACAUAUAAUCAUAUCUAUGGCCUAUCCCUUACUGGGUUGAGGUUCUUUACCGUGUAUGGGCCAUGGGGACGGCCUGAUAUGGCGUAUUUCUUCUUUACCAAGGAUAUCUUGAAUGGGAAGAGCAUACCCAUUUUUGAAGGUGAGAAUCAUGGGACGGUUGCUCGAGAUUUUACCUACAUUGAUGAUAUUGUUAAGGGGUGCUUAGGUGCUUUGGAUACUGCACAAAAGAGUACAGGCAGUGGAGGAAAGAAGAAGGGGCCUGCCCAAUUGAGAGUUUUCAACUUGGGGAACACUUCCCCUAUUCCUGUUACCAAUCUGGUCACCAUUCUUGAAAGGCUUUUGAAGGUGAAGGCCAAGAGGAACGUUAUGAAGUUGCCUAGGAAUGGGGAUGUGCAGUUUACACAUGCUAAUAUUAGUUUGGCUCACAGGGAGCUUGGUUAUAAGCCCACCACUAAUCUUCAAACAGGGUUGAAGAAAUUUGUUCGAUGGUAUCUCAAUUACUAUUCUGCUGCAGGGAAGAAGGCUGAUGCACGAUGA